GUCACAACGUCGUCACGGAAAUAUCGCCACGUACACCCCGCCGCCAUGUCUUCUCGCAUUAGCAUUGCCCGCCCACAGUCGAGCAGCUACAAUUCUGACCCUCACGGGCUUUCAAAUUCUCGCUCGUCCUCGACUGGCUACCGCUCAGCCAACCCGGACGACCCUUUGGAGAAGCUCAAGGCACAGGCUCGACAGGUCGAGGAUUAUGUCGAGAUCUACUCCCAGCCCUUGAAGCCCCACCUUCCCACCAUUGGGCGGUUCCUCAUUGUUGUUACGUUCCUUGAAGACGCGCUGCGUAUCUUGACGCAGUGGGGAGACCAAAUCUGGUAUUUGCAGCAACACCGAAAAUUCCCCUGGGGCAUCUCGCACAUCUUCUUGUUAAUCAACGUCUUCACCAUGCUCGGCGCGUCGUCCAUGAUCAUCCUCAAGCGCUUCACGGAAUUCGCGGCUGCUGGUCUUCUCGGCGUUGUCAUCAUCCAGGGCUUUGGCUACGGUCUCAUUUUCGACCUGAACUUCUUCCUCCGCAACCUGAGUGUCAUCGGCGGGCUUUCAUGGUCUUCAGUGACUCCAUCGUCAACCGCAAGAAGACCUUUGCUGGCAUCCCCAGUAUCAGCGAGACGGACCGCAGGAAAUAGUGCUUUCCUUCUCGCCGGCCGUGUCCUGCUGAUCUUCCUUUUCCUCGGCUUCAUCAUCCAAGGCACCUGGAGCAUUGCGCGUGUGUUCGUGUCGCUUUUCGGUCUCGCGGCAUGCAUAAUGGUGGCUGUCGGCUUCAAGGCCAAAUGGUCUGCCGCGUUCUUGGUGGUCGUUCUGAGCAUCUUCAAUGUUUUCGCCAACAACUGGUGGUCCGUUCACUCAAAGCACCCCAGCGGGACUUCCUCAAGUAUAUACGACUUCUUCCAGACAUUGUCCAUCGUUGGCGGUCUCAUUCUUCUGGUCAACAUGGGCCCGGGUGGUCUCUCAGUAGACGAGAAGAAAAGACUUACUAAGUGGUAUGGCGAGAGGUCUGCGACAUGGCGUGCGCAAUAUACACAUGUGGUUCGGUGGCUACACAGCAUGCAAAAUGAGGCAGACGCGAUUUGACAGUGGCCUGUUUCUAUUUAUCUUACAUUCGCAACGGGGGAAUACGAGUGAU